CAUUUGCAGCCAAUCGCAGAGCGGAAGUUCAACAUUUUCAACAUUUGACCAAUCGUAGCGCAAGAGAAUGUCGAGGGCGCCCUGCCCCCGCUACCAAAAUCAUCCGAAGGCGAACGAUCUAUGACGAGAGGAAUGAAUGAAGAGGGAGUGUCAGAGGUCAGGAAGGUACAGUAGAAAGUUCACGACCUAAGAGCGAACAUCACUGCACGAACCUCUCCGUUUAUUUUACAAACAAGGAGUAUAUUUCUGACGGCGGUAUUAACGGUAAGAAUGCAUAACCUCAUCGCAUGAUUCAUGCAUGAACACUGUUUUGUUUUGUUUUGUUUUGUUUUAAUGUUUAUUUAAUUAAGUACUUUGUUCAAAACGGUUUAGGACAAGAUGGCUACAAAAAGGUCACAUAAAGCCAUGUCGGACGCUGAAUGGGUUUCUCGUCUGAGAAAGUUUGCCAGCACAGGAGUCUGGCCAUCAGAUGGCAACAGGCCAGCUCCGAGGCAGAAGAAGUGGCACGAGAUUUAUCAAAGGAUUGAAAAAUGUCCGAUGCAAUCCCGUGGCCAGUUGACCUUGCUUGGAGCGGUCCAGAAGUGCGUAUGUGGUUUUCACACUCAGAAGCCCACUGCCUCUUCUGAACAAACACAGAGGGUCAGAGAACAACAGCCUGCUGCUGCAGCGGCACAGGAGCAGAGUGAACCCCAGCCUCAGGCCCGGCCGCAGCCUUCACCAUCAAGGAUAACUCUGAGUUUGUCAAUGUUUACCAAACCAAAGUUUAGCGGGUCUCACAUUGCUGCAGCGAAGCCAAAUUUGAGUGCGGCUAGAAGACCAUCUCGUGUGGAUGACCAACCCAGCGCAGCAGUGUCCAGUGCCCCGAAACCAAGCACCACUGUCUCUACGCAGGACCCUGGAGUUCCAGCCUCUGUCCCCAGAACCACUCCAGAUGUGACCGCUCCUGCAGAGUCACGCAGUAUCGUCUCCGUAAAAAAAUGA